CUGUUCGGGAUGGUUUUUCCUUUGUUUGAAAUGCUGAAAAAAUGAUAAAAUUAAGACCCAAAUCGUGCAUAAUGCUGAUAAAAAGGAUGCAUUUACAAAUUAACUCAACAAUGGCAGGCUAAAAAUUUGGAAAGGAGUCGCCAGAAUGGUAAAUUUGACGCCAUAUGGGUUGAUGCUGUAACUGGGAUUUCUAGAGAUGUUGAUGAUAGAAAAGGAGUAGUACUAUUCAACUGCUGAAAGGAUCAAUCCCAUGGACCAAUGUAACCCACUGCUUAGUUGUAGAACCAAAUCAACCGCCCUGUGUUUAUUCACAGCUUAUAAUGGAGACCCACCAACAUUUCCAGUGCAGCGUAGCUUUAACCUAUAAACAUGCUAGAAGAGAAGGUGUAAAGCUGAAAACACAAGACAAUAAACCUUCUUUGUGAUGUUGAUAAGUUACUUAGGAACCUUUUAAUUGUUUACUUAUUCACACUUGUUACCAUGGAUACAAACCAGUGCCAGGUGUGUGGGAAUUUUUUCAUCACGCUCACAUCCCUCAAUAACCACAUAGAGACUCACAGCAAAAAAGAGCUGUACCAUUGCAUCUUGGGAUUGAGGAACACCAUAGCCAUGUUGUCUAGGCAACCGUUGCCAGAGGCAACCUACCAGGAGACUGUCAAUGUCACCGCCACUGACCUUUCACAGAACCACCACGCCCACAACACCAGCCCACCAGAAAAAACAGUCACCAUGGUGACAAACCCAGCAUCUGCCUCUUCCUAUGAAAUCCAUACAUCUGCAGAAAGUUCACAACCAGGGCUAAUGCAUCCCAAACCUGCUGCUUCCAUAGAAAACACAAUACCAAUUACACCUCCUCACCAAGUUCUGGUUAAUUCAGAACCGCAUGCUCAUUCUGAACCACAUGCUACCGAAUCUGGCUCACACCAAACCACUGAAAACCUGCAGAGUGCAGCUGCCCUUAAUAAUGUCACAGAUUCUGGGAAUGUAGGUCCUAGUGAGGGGGAUAUGUUGACAUGUCCGAUCUGUAAAAAGAAGCUGACCUCAUCCUACACAUUGUAUCGCCACAUGCAGAGCCACUAUGACAAACAGGCUGACACAUGUCAAGUUUGUGGAAAGGAGUUUGUGGGUAAGCGGAGUUUGGUCGUCCACAUGAGGACGCACACCGGGGAACGCCCUUAUAAAUGUAAUACAUGUGGGAAGCAAUUUGCUCAGUAUGGCACGCUGUACCGGCACCGCCAAAUACACAACAAAGGGGAAAAUGCCAACAACCAGACUCCUGCAACCCCUGUCCCUGCAGAAUCUGCCCAAGCAGAGGAUCCUGCCAGUCAGAAACACUUACAACAGGGCUCAGCCAAUCAAAAACACCUACAGCAGAGCCCAGCCAAUCAGAAACAUGUUCAAAACUCUGUACCUGCAACAGUGGGUUCAGAGAGUGACCAGGUAUCAUCUGAGAACAGAUUAGAGAGAGUUCCCAUGGUGACUGAAAACAGAGAUGUUUCUGAGGUUCCUCGGGCUCCUGAAAAGACUACGAUUCUGAGUGUUCCGAGCACAGAGCAUAUGUCACAUGAUCAGCAGGAACUGGGAGAAAGUUCUGGGUACCCCAACCCUCCCCAUGUGUCCGACACUGAGGCGAUCAAUAAUCUCUUGUAUCAACAUGUGUUUGGGGACCAACAGCAGUUUUUGCAGGGUUAUCUACAGAAUCAACUGUUUGCACAGACUCUUGCGAGAUUUCCUAACUGGGGCUCUGAGUUUGCUCUUAUGGCUGGAUACCCCGGUUAUGCUGGUUUAGAUUACAAGAAACCAGAAACGGAUCAAAAUUACGACAUGUCAGUUUUACCAAAUCCACAGGUAGAAAAAACUCGAGCUGAUACCUCAACAGAUCAACUUCAAGAAACUUUCAGUGACAACUCUGUCACUUCCUCCAAGUCUGAACGUCUCGAGUCAUUUUCUAGUCUCACCGAGUCACUACUACGCAGAAGAAAUCAAAGUCCAGUUGUGACCACCGUCAAUUCUGCUGUGGGUCCAGGUAUUCCUGCCACCCAGACUCUAGCUGACCCCUCCACCUCGGCGUAUCCCUCACCCCUCGGUAUUCACCCACCACCUCCCCCUAGUUAUGAGGCAGCAGUCCAGCAAUCUUUAGGAUCACCAGCACUAUUAAACACACCCGUUGUUGAAAAUGAUCAAAGUCAGAGCUCUACGUCCACUGCAGUCAACAUGACCCUUGAGGUCUCCUGUAAAGUCUGUGCUCAGAAGUUCCAAACCUCUGCAGAACUGACCAAACAUAUGUCUCAGCACAGUGAGAAGAAUUUUGUUUGGUGUCAGAUUUGUCAUAGUAAGUUUACUACGCCGUUCUCUCUGCGUCGACACAUGAAGAUUCACACAGGAGAAAGAGAUGAGGUCUGUGGUGUUUGCGGCAAGCGCUUCAUUGAUAAGCCUCGCCUCGUGGUGCACAUGCGGACACAUACAGGGGAAAAGCCUUAUGCAUGCUCCAUAUGUCCUAAAACAUUUUCACGGCGAGAAGUGCUGAAGCGCCAUGAGAAGACGCAUACUACAUUUAAACCAUUGGAGACAUCAACCCCAAAGCACAUUUAUGAGGACAUACCAAGGAAACAGGAAGUUGAGGUAAGAAAAGAACCGGAACAUUCUCAAAUGGACUCUGGAAUGUAUCUGUCCUUUGAUGAAGAUAAGGUGGCAAUGAUGACCUACUUGCCAAGCGAUCAUCCAGAAAACACUACAGCAAUAUCAGAGCCAGAGCCGGAGAAGCCUGUAGAGGAGGCCCGGUAUAUGUACACAGCAGAUGACAUCAAGUCAGACACACCUCCAGGAAGUGAUGUCACCUACCAACAUGAAGAUAUACCCAUCAUGCCUCAGCAAGAGGAAGUUGCUGCAGAAGUAAGCGAUACUGAAAAUUCUUCUCCAAAAGCCAUAGAAAACAACCAGGAGGUAUCCACAGAUGUUCCAUCCGACUCAGGAAGUGGAAAAGAUGCGGAGGUGGAUCGAGAUUCUCGCACCAUGAAUGAGAUCAACGACAUGUUGAUGAGAAACUUCACCAGUAAGGUAGAUGGCGCUAAACCGUAUCAGUGUGAUGUGUGUAACAGGAAGUACACGAUGCAGUCCUGCUUACGACGCCACAUGCUGGUACAUACUGGAUUAAAGCCUAAUCGAUGUCAGGUGUGUGGAAAGUCAUUUGUGGAGAAGCAGCAACUAUUGGUUCACUUCAGGAUACACACAGGAGAACGUCCUCACCAGUGUUCUGUGUGCGGGAAACGCUUCACUCAAUACGGGACUCUACACAACCACAUGCAGGUUCAUCGGAAGCAGCAGUUGAGUCAGGCUAUGAAUGUGGGGAGUAAAGGUGAAGAGGAAUUGUCAGAAUUUAUGAUAAAGAGAGAAAUCAGCGAGGAGGACGAAUUCCCAAAGCAGUCACAAGAACUAGUCAACGGUGAAGCCGUGCCCUCGGAAAUCGAAAGUGCAAUUAUCGGGCGAGAGAACCAGAGUGAUGGUCCUGUCAUCAAGUCUCCGUACGUAUCAGACGAGAGCAGAAGUCUAGAUAUAAGUAACAAAAUGAGACCUAAUGUUGCUACGCUGGAGGAUAGUCAGGAAACAGCAUCAGUCACAGGGGAUGAGGACAGAGAAAAUUCAAAAGAGGAGGUCAGUCCAGGGGCAGAAAAUGUUGGUGGGCAGGUGGAAGAUACGGACACUUCUGAGGGUAAUGAAAAACCAGAAGGAACGGGAGGCGGGUCUAAGUCUGAGAGACCCGCAUAUGACUUUCUGUACGGGUAUCCUACCACUAGUCUUAUGUCACUGAAUUUAUUGGCAAACACGUCUGAAGUUCACCAGAGUCUGAUGGAACACAUGGCCCAGAUACAGAGGGCGCCAGAGAUGCACCAGAGUUUACUCGAGUACAUGGCUCAGUUACAGCGAGCACGAAUGGUAGGCCUCACAGACUACAACACCGCGUUCACGCGUCCCCCAGUUUCUUGUACAUACACAUCAUCUAGUGAUGUUGGCCUUAAUCUGACGACAUCUGAAAGUCAUACCAAAGACAUAGGUCUGAAUUGUGACAUGUGCGAUGCCAAAUUCACAGAUCAGGAAACGCUAGAUAGCCAUAUGAAGACUCAUGCGCUAAAAAAUGGAAAUGACACAAUGCUGAGUCAAGCCACAGAGGCAACUUCACCGACUAAAAGUGACAAAUUUCACACAUGCAAAACGUGCGGAAAGAGUUUCAGUGCUUCGUUUUGUCUAAGACGACACGAGAUGAUUCACAGUGGCAAUAAACCUUAUAAGUGUGAGUACUGCCCAAAGGCGUUUGUGGAGAAACAGCAUCUCACCUGUCAUGUACGCAUUCAUACGGGGGAAAAACCUUACUCGUGCAGCACGUGCGGAAAAGCAUUCACGCAGUACGGAACGCUACACAAGCACCUGCGCACACACAACAAAAACAAACCACACAAGUGUCAGUUCUGUGAAAAAGCGUACUAUGAACGUAGACAACUGACCAAUCAUAUGUUAACCCAUUUUGAAAACAAAGGGAAGUAACUCGUCCACGCAAGCCUUUUAGGAAAAAAAUUCCUAGAGGUAGCAAAAGCUUUAGAAGUAAUAUUUUUGUGGUUGUAGAUUUUCCAGAAUAUUUCAAUUGUAGGGGCCAAAAUGUGUCUAAUAGAUAUCAUCAUCAUUAUCUUGUGAAAAUUGUCAGAAAUCAAGAAAAAGCUUAAUGAAAAAGCAUUAUGCCUUAAGGAUUUCUAAGGAGCCAUUUUUCUGUUAAUUUACUAAGAAGUUAGCAUUU